AUUAUAUAUUUCUUAACCGAUAUGUUUGAGAAUUCGCUGUUGAUCAUAAAGCCGGACUAUCUGCACAAGCGGCGUCCGGUGCUUUUGAAGUUGCUAGCUGAGGGAUUUCAGCUUCAGGGCAAUCGUAGGAUCGCUUUCUCGCCGGAAUCGGCUGCCGAGUUCUAUGCCGAUUACGCCGAUGAAAAAGGAUUUAUGUUGGAGGUCAUUCUGCUUUCGAAGGGCGUCGAGGCUUUUAUCGUUACCAAAGAGAAAGCCGUGCAGGAUCUGCUCAACAUCAUGAUUUGUUAUUUUGGUUCGGCUUCAGAUCUGGAACGCAAUAUUCAUGUUACCAAAAACAGCCGCAGCGUGGCUCGAGAAAUAAACUUUAUUUUUCCCAAUUAUAUCCAUGAGCCCCAUCAGAUGUUCGACCAUAACAACUUCUGCCAUCGUCCUAUGCUGAAGCCGCUGCUGGAGGAGAUUUACGACAUAAUGCAGAAUAUAGACUGCAGCCAGGAGAACUGGAAGGUGCGAUUAUCCGAUUAUUUGGUGCGCAGCAACCCAAAGAUGCCACAGAUCAGCAACCAGUGUCAACAGCGACCGGAUGUGGGCAUCCAGGACAAGUCGCAGCAGACCACCAUGACCUAUGCCCCGAUGCCGAGUGUAAGGGGCGUGCAACCACGUGCCAAAAAGACACAGAGCAGCAGCUCGCCCUUGUCCUCGACUUCACCGCACUCAUCCAUGCUGCUUUCGUCCUCCUCAUGUGUCACCUGUGGAGGAUUCGAAAGGACUGAGACCUGCAUCUCGGAACUGGAUCUCAAUAAGCGAGUGGAACCGCAUGAUGAGGAAGCAGUUUGUGUGGACGAGGAGAUCCUGUGGAAGGAGGUAGUGGUCUAUGAGGAGAUCCAGCCGGAGGAGGAACAAGAGUCCAAGGAGGGACAAGCCUUUGAUAUGGAGGAGGAGGGUCGCGAAGAGGCAAGUGGUUCGGAUGUGGAGUCGGACAGGAGUGUCCACGAGGCUGCACCGCCACCAGCUCAAGAUGAGGAGUCGGAUGCGGGAGAUGCUGCCACUGGGGAAGCAGGAGAACCUGCUCCCGCUCCGGUAGUGGUUCCUCCUGCGGCAGAGGCUCCUCCAGUCGAAGCCGCUCCACCCGCUGAAGAAGCUCCUCCAGCUGCAGAGCAACCCGAAGCCUAAGUUCAGUUCUUUAGUGCACCUGUUGCCACAUCGUUUGUUUUUUUGAAACAUAGACAAAAAUAGACUGCAAUGCGCGCAAUUUUGCGUUUGCCAUUGCACCAGUAGAACCACCUUCAAAUGGCAAUUGCGCACUCGCAGAAUUCGGGAGGAGGUCCUGCAUUUUUUCCCCGGAGAGUGCAACCUACACAGCAGCAAUAUAAACAGGAGCAACAGACACGGCAGCAACAGCUUUCAAACUUCUAACUUCCCGCCAGCAACAUUACAAAAAACGCAGGCGAAGUUUUUUUCGCUCCUUUUAAGCGUCCAAUAAAAAACGUAGAAAAAUAGAACAAACAAUGAAAUCAAAUAUAAUUUAUGGGCCAACUUUCUCUGCAAAAGUGUGCGUUGCAAGUGGCACACUUUUUCGCGAUGCAAAGUGCCCUGCAACGUGGCUGCAAUCAACCCAAUUAUAAGGAUAGCAAUAGACUUUGCUUGUUCAAAUUGCA